AUGAGUUCUUCUCAUCCUGAGCUGACUACUCCUAAGCAACGUCUUACUAGGCAUCUAAACGACGUCAAGGAUAUUAUAACGGAAUGCGAUAAGUAUAACGAGGGAUGGCAGUUCCCACCUAGUCGUAAAGAACUUUAUAUCUUCAUACGUACUCAACGUAAUAUCGUAAAUAGUGUGAUCUCGAAACUCGAAAGAAAGCUCGAUUCCAUUUCAAAAGUAUACGACGAAACCUUGGGUAAACUUGAUAAAGACACAGAGGCAGCCUCGCAAUUCGAAAAAUACUGGAACGAAAAAGAAGGUGACGAAACAUUAGAAGGCGCUCGCGAACUGAUCCAGAGUCUCGAACUUCGGGUAAAUGAACUAGACAUCCAAGAAAUGCGAACUUCGUACUCCGACGAAUUCGAUAGUCUAGAACAUCAGCGCACUAAUAACCCUGCCUUUAUUCAAACGCAAACCCAGCGGUCUACGACCUUCUCUCCCGUCGCAGAUGUUGAGUUAAGUGAUACGCCGCAAAGCCUACCAGCGCACUGGUAUCGUAAGGAGCUCCGUAUACCGGAAUUUUUUGGCGAUCCGACGCAAUUCGAACAGUUCUGGGAGAUAUUCUCGGAGCUCGUGCAUAAGCAGCCUUACAGCGACAUCGAAAAACUUACGAUUUUGCUAGACAAAUGUAAGGGCGAAGCAGCAAGAGCUCUAAAAUUUAUUCCUCGUAAAGGUUCUUCGUACCAAGAUGCCGUAAAACAACUUCAUGAUCAGUUCCAUAAUGAGGAGCUGAAUGUGAAGUUGCUGUUAGAGCAGCUAGAUAAAAUACCGCAAUCUUCAGAAAAUGCUUCGCAAUUACGAGCAACACUCAACGACGUAAUGGCUAUCAUUGCUCCUCUAUCUAGGUUUGAAGGUCACAUUGACGCGCUCGAAUAUAAGGCCAAAGUGCGAAGAAAAUUUCCACCCAGCAUUCAACGGAAGUUGCUGUCGAAAGAGUACGACGACAGCAAUAUGUGGGGCAUGGAUACAUUGAUAUCCGAAACUCCGUAA